ACCCCAAAUCUUAAGAUAUUUUCAAGUGAUGACAGCUUGCAACAAGGUCAAAAUCAGCUUCGACAGGUCGGAUGAGACAAUACGAUGCUCCCUCGUUCCCCAUCUAUCCGCUGCUUUUGGUCGUAAAGGCAUUUCUGUGCUCACAGAUAAGCAUGAUGAAUUUUGCAAGUGCAUUGCUUCUGUUUUUAUUUUCUCUAAGAAUUACGUGUCCAUCAAGGAAUCUUUGGAUGAUUUCUUUAAGACUAGCCAACGGAGACAUGACAAAGUCCAUGUCGUGGCCACUGUCUUUUAUGGAGUCAAUAGAUCAGAAUUGGAGGGAAACUUCGCCAAGGCGCUCUUUGAGCAUCCUACUUCAUAUCAAGCAAGUCAAUUGCGCAGCGCUGAAGAAAUCAUAACUCUACCUGGCCACGAAAAAAUCAAUAAACAAAGUGACUGCGAAUUUGUGGAAAAGAUUGCUACUGAUGUUUAUGAGAAAAUCUUUCCGAAAGAACGAAUCGGAAUCUACUCAAGGAUGCUUCAGGAUAUAAGUAACUUGCUAUGCAGUCAACAAUGGGGAGUCAAAAGCAUAGGGUUUUGGGGCAUGCCAGGCAUAGGAAAGACGGAGCUUGCUAAAGCAGUCUUUGACCAAAUGGCUAGUGACUAUGAAGUAACUUGCUUCCUCCAAAACUUUCAUGAAACUUUUGAAACAAAGGGACUUUACAGUUUGCUGCAGGAACAUUUCAAAAACCUUACAAAUCAAAACAUUCCAAAAAGAGUUCUUCUUGUUCUUGAUGAUGUAAGGAAUCAUCUAUACGCAGAGUCUUUACUUGCUGAGCUUCCCUCGUUUAGUCUUGGAAGCCUGAUCAUCAUAGCCUCCAGAGAUGACCAAGUCCUUUCUCAGUAUCAAGUCAAUCAAACUUACAAAGUUGAAGGAUUAAACAAGCUCGAGGCUAUGCAGCUAUUUUCUUUGUGUGCCUUUGAAAAAGAUGUGAAAGAGACUAAUCUUCUUAAAGAUAAUUCUAUGAAGGUGAUCGAAUACGCUAAUGGAAACCCUUUAGCUCUAAGAGUAUACGGAAAAGAGAUGUCAUCACACGAGCAAACAAGUCAAAAGGAGACUUUGUUCCUCAAGCUCAAGCAAGAUCCUCCCCAUCAGAUUAUGGAAGUAGUCAAGAGUAGCUAUUAUGCACUAAAUGAUAACGAGAAGAACAUACUUGUGUAUAUUGCGUUUUGCUUCACAGGCAAACAUGUUGAAGAUGUGUCGAAACUACUACAAGACCUUGGUUUCUUCCCAGAGAUUGGGAUCGACCGGCUUGUGGCCAACUCUCUGGUGACUAUUUCAGAAAACAAGUUGGAAAUGCAUAACAUGAUUCAGGGGGUAGUCAAGAAAAUAGGGAGGUGCAGUGAAGACUCCAACACAAGUUUCAAAUGUGUAUUGGGCACUACCGACAUCGAAGCCAUAUCUCUGGAUGCAUCUAACUUAAACCCGGAUGUGGAACUUUCUUUAUUCAGAUCUAUGUACAACCUUAGAUACCUGAGUAUUUACUAUAGUAAUCCUGGAAAACAUGGCAAGGCCCUUGAGUCUUUCUCUCUGCCUUAUGGGCUUAGAUUUUUCCAUUGGGAGACUUACCCUUUGAAAUCUUUACCUCAAGAUUUUGAUCCAAGCAACCUUGUUGAACUCAACAUGCCUUACAGUCAACUACAAACUCUUUGGGGAGGAACCAAAAACCUUAAGAUGCUGAAGAGGAUCAACCUUAGACAUUCUCGGAAGCUGCUCGAAGUUAAUGAACUUUCAGAAGCUCGAAACCUCGAGCAAAUUGAUCUCUGCGGCUGUAAGAACUUGCAGAGUUUCCCAUCCAUUCGUAAUUUGCAUAAGCUCAGAGUUGUUGAUCUCCCUAGUUGCAUAAAGAUCAAAAGUUUCCCUGAGUUCCCAUCUAAUGUCGAAUUAAAAUUCGAGGGAUCACCCAUCAAGACCAUGUAUCCUCCAGUCCCACUGAUCAGAGUCAAGAGCUUAUGCGAGUUCCUAGACAAUCCGACAAAACCCUUGAACUUCGAGCGUCAUGGUCCCUAUAUCUUAGAUAUUCUGAGACCAGGAAGCUUCUUGAAUAGCCAAAAAAGGAUAACAAAUCCAGAUAUGGUGGAAACACCCCCUACAUUUAAAGAUAUAAUGUGUGAAAAAGCAAUCUUGAUGAGCCAAUGGGCGUUGGAAAACCUAAAAAGUUUUCGAAAAGUGGAUUUCUAAAAAGCACAAAGAGGAUAUAACCGGACCAGAUUCAGUAUAUAAAUAAAAGUCUUUUCACCGUUCCGUGUCAAUGUAUGACUAUAACAUUGUUCUGUUUGAGUGUGUUCAGUGCGCUUAUGUUGUUUUAAUAACCGUACUCAUCACAUGUUUUAUUCGAGUGUUUGUUUUUCUAAUUAUGUGUUUGUGGUUGAACUACUGAGCCUUCACUUGUUUUUUACUACCUUGGAAGAUUGAACCAGCACUAAGAAUCAACAGUCCUUAGUUAAUCAUGUAAUAGAUUCAAAUAGUUUUAAAAGAAAGGUUACUAAUCCUUAUCACAGUCAAAUACGAGAGAAUAAGAGUAGUUUCAGCUGGUGAAUCCCCCAACGUGUUUUAGAGAACUAGAAAGAAAGAUGGAGUGUCUCCGCAACCAAGAGGACUUUAACUCGAUAUGCCCCAAGCCCUCUUAAAAAAUCCCCGUAUGUCCCUUUAAUAUAAUAUAUAAUUUCUUUCUUAUUUUUUUUUUUAAAAGGAUAAUGUGGUUAAUGAGUGGCUAAAGACGAAUUGCUCCUUGAUAAACUAGAAUAUUUACACGGCCCAAUCUAAAGAUCCGACCACCCAAACCCAAUCACCAAAACCGACCCAAUCUAAAGCUAAAACGACCGCGUUUCGUUCCAACUAAACCCAUUGAAGCCCUCCGACAAGAACUAACCAAUUUUUUUCCCGAGAAAGUUUUUCUAUAACGCUUUCUCUUCUUCAAUUUGUGGAUAAACAAAUAGGAACUUUCGAUUCGUUUUUUCUUCUGUUCGUUCGCUGACCGACAAGAUAUCAGCCGGGACGUGGAGAGCGGCCGAAUCCUGAUUAUCAGUCGUACCAGCAGAAUCAUCAGAAGCAACAACGGCAACAGUGGUCACGUCGCGCUGGAAACGAUAAUGAGUCAAGAAGACGACGUCGACGUCACUCCUUUAAGUCACAAUCCUUUCUCUUAUCCUCAAGCAGAAAUGGCGACGACACAACUUACAGUAUCACCAGUUACUGUGUCGCCAAGAGCUUAGCCUCGAGUGCCUAGUUUGGAACUUUGAAACCAGGCACCCUUAAGCAGAGCCAGUUCCGUUCUUUGGUUGUCAAAGCUGCUUCUGUCGUUGCUCCUAAGUACACUUCAAUUAAGCCAAUGGGAGAUAGAAUUUUGGUGAAGAUCAAGGAGGCAGAGGAGAAGACAAUGGGAGGUAUCUUACUUCCAUCUACAGGUCAAUCGAAACCUCAAGGAGGUGAAGUCGUUGCUGUGGGUGAAAGGGGAAUUAUUGGGAAAAACAAAGUUGAUAUCACUGUCCCUACUGGAGCACAAAUCAUUUACUCCACAAGUACGCUGGAACUGAGGUGGAGUUCAACGAUGUGAAGCAUCUCAUUCUCAAGGAAGAUGAUAUUGGCCUUUCUUAGUUGUUUAUCUUUUAUUUAUGUAUUUAGGAUGUUAUUUAAAUAUUUUGGAUGUUUCAAAUUUGGUAGGAUAAUGCUUUUGAAUGUUUAAAACUUGGUGUGGUGCAUGGA